CGUAUCCAUGGCAACCAAGUGCUUUUUUGUGACUUAUCAAGGAUGGAUUCAAAGGGUUCCCUUACAGAAAGGGAGAUAGCACACAUAGCGAGACACCAGAGAGAGAAUGGCGUGCAGAGGCUCAGCUGUCACUUCUCAUGGCCUGAGUUCUGUGACGAACGGCGGUGCUUCCAUCAGGAGUUUGUGUACGACGUCGCUAUGUUCGCCGCCGCCCGUGGCUUCCCCUGGUUUAACGUGAUCCGGGCAUCUGUGAUCGCCAAAGGCAUCUUCCCACAGCUGGGCGCAGGUCUCGACGUACCCAAACUUUUGUACUUGCUGAGAGAUGCGCUGUCUGAGUGUCUGCCAAACCUCACCUCUGUCCACCGACGUGAGUUCACCCAGUUCCUCACAGACACCUGCAUCACUCGGCGGAGGCUUCUCCAGGCGGUGGUGGGUGGCGCUGCUAACAUGUCCAUCGCUCAGCUACACUUGGAGGUGCAGUUGCCGCCCACACCUUGUCCUCUAGCACAGUGCACUGUACACGCGCUGCAGGGCACAGAUCUGCAUGAGUGGGAGCAUCAGCGCCAACAAGCCGAGCUAACGUCUACGUUGCGAAAGAUGGAGGAGAGGCUGCGGAGUCUCCGAGAAGGGUCAAGGGUCACUCUGGGGGAGGUUGAUGUUCCUGAGGUUAAUCAACUGGAUGAAGAGGGUGUUUUGGCGUUGGUUCGAGCAGCAGUGAAGGCCACAGAAGGCCAGAUGCUGGCAAGUCUGAACCGAGAGGCCUCCCUGCUCAAUGACAUCCUGCAGCUCAAACUGCAGCGGGCAGCAUUGGCCACCAGAAGGCUCCACAACCCUGCUUACAUCCAGACGCACCUGCAAAAAAGGACUGAGGGAUUUUGGGAAAAGGACAUGGCCUCAGUGAUUUUCUUAAAAUCUCAUUUUCAACUCUCAUGA